UCAAACUGAACGCAGAGUUUAAACCGUGCGCGCGGGCGGUCCUAGGGAGCUUUAGGGGUGGGUCCAAACGAAGACGCGUGCUUGAAUUUGAAUUCAGGAAAGCUGCUAGUAGCUUGUUUAGAUAUUCGUCAGCUACAGCAGCCCAACAUUAGCUGUUUCGCGUUAUAAGCAAUAAGAUACGCAAAAAUAAUAUCUUUACCACGUCACGUAACGUGUGAAUAAUAUUAGAUUGCUGCUUAGUUUUGCAUUCACAUCCUGCCUGGGGCGAGAUCGGUCUUCUUGCAAUGAAAGCGGGCGUCGUCCACUGCCGUUGUUCGAAAUGCUACUCAAUUCCUGCUCGGAAGCGGGUCCGGAAGCGAUCUUCAACCCUAACUCUGCUAUCGUUACCUGAGGAAAUUCUUCUCUAUGUUCUCCGGUGUCUGUCUGCGGAGGACCUCCUGUCUGUCAGAGCGGUACAUUCACAGCUCCGGGACAUUGUUGACGGCCACAACAGUGUGUGGGCCAGAGUCAGUUUCAGGGACACAUGGCCAUCGCCUAAUGUUUUAUGGCUGUUUGAAAGGGCUGCUGAGAAAGGGAACUUUGAAGCUGCUGUGAAACUUGGGAUUGCCUAUUUGUACAAUGAAGGACCUUUGUUGAGCGAUGAAGGGCGAGCAGAUGUAUGCGGUCGAAAAGCCUCCCACUUCUUCAGCUUGGCGGAGAGCCUGCUCUCUCCCAAAGCGGAUCCCUUCACUUGGGUUUUCAUCCGUCCUCCGUGGUCGCCCACUGGCAGCUGCUGCAAGGCCGUAGUGUUCGAUCACCUAAAGGCUGAGUGCGAAAGCAAUAUGGAGAAGAGGGGCCCUUUGUUGCACUGUUUGGCCAGAGUUUUGCUCCUGUUUGAAGAGGAAGAAAAGCGAUCAGAUGCUGUAGCCAUGCUGGAGGAGUCAUCGCAGGCCGGCUGCUUGCAGAGUUCAUACUUGUUGUGGGAGCACAGCCGUAAAGCAGCCAUGUCGGAUCCAGGAAGGUAUCUUCAGUGUGUGAGAACCCUCAGGGACUAUGCUGGAAAAGGAUGCUGGGAAGCACAGCUGUCUCUGGCUAAAGUGUGCAGCAUUGGGAAUCCGCUGGGUUUGGAGUCCAAGGCCUGCUCAGAGAUAGUGGCCCAGAUUUUCAACUCGGUACAUCAACACAGCACUCAGGGUAUGCUCAGACGAGGCGUUAAGGACACCAUGAGGUACAUCCUGGUGGACUGGCUCGUGGAGGUGACCACCAUGAAGGACUUCUCCAGCCAGACCCUGCAUGUGACAGUGGGUUGCGUGGACCGAUACCUGGCUCUGCGUUCUGUGCCAAAGGCCCGCCUUCAGCUGUUAGGAAUUGCUUGCAUGGUGGUUUGUACACGAUAUGUAAGCAAAGAAAUCCUGACCAUACGCGAGGCCGUUUGGCUGACGGACAACACCUACAAAUAUGAAGACCUGGUGCGAAUGAUGGGGGAGGUUGUGUCUGUGCUGGAAGGAAAAAUAAGGAGCCCCACGCUGCUGGACUACAGGGAGGUGCUGCUGUUUCUGCUCCCCCUGGAGAGGCGGUCCACUAAUCUGUUCAGCUAUAUCUGUGAGCUGUCGCUGCUCUACUCUGCUCUCGCCACUACACCUCCUGCCAAACUGGCCUGCACUGCACUGCUCCUCACAAGGGCGCUGCAUCACUAUGGUCCUGUCUGGCCCACUCUGUUGAGGGACUACACAGGAUUUACUGAGGAGGACCUUGUUCCUCUCUCUGUGCUGCUCUAUGUCAAAUGUUUCAGUCAAGAUGUGCCCAAAGACUACAGGCACGUGUCUCUGACUGGAGUCAAGCAGCGCUUUGAAGACGAGGCUUUUCAGGAGAUCAGCAAAGAAAAGGUGAUGAACUUUAAAGAGCUCUGUCAGAUCUUGGAGAUUUCUGAAGCUGAGCCUCAGAUGGAGCCUCCUAGUCCAACAAGUGGUCAACCAGCAGACAUCCAUACCUUCCUGGCUUCUCCAUCAAGUACUAGCAAGAGGAGACGCGAUGACUGCACACAGGACCACCGGAGCGGCCUCGUGGCCACGCCCACGGCAGAGCUGUCCAAUCAGGAGGAGAUGCUGCUGGGAGACAUCCUUGACUGGAGUCUGGACUCUUCCUGCUCCGGUUACGAGGGGGACCGCGAGGAAGACAGCGAGGCUGAGAAAGAUGGGGAUUUUUCCAUGAUCUCUAUCAAGCUGCACCCGCUGGCUGAUGGAGAUGAUAAACUGGAGUGCUGCCGAGCUCUCUCCAGCGACGACAACAGUUUCUGUGAAGCAGACAGUGAUGGGAGCAAAGAUUGCCCAGACCAAGAACCAUCUGCCUCGUCCGCAGAUCAUCACAGCUCAGGAUACUCAUCUGUCCAGAGCAUAAGCCCCUCUUCUACGUGCUCCUCGUCCUCCAUAGUGACCCGCACGUUCAGGACCUUUACUGCCUCUCUUGGCGCAGCCUCUGCCAAAGCCCAGACGGGUUUCCACCUCUUGGUGCCCAUGCAGAGGCCCCGGGGCACCUCCACCAGACAGUUGAAGAGGAAGAAUGUAGCGGCUCACAGUGGCGGUGAGGUGGAAAGGGAAGACGGAGAUGUUCAUUCGGCAAGAGCAGGGUUCAUGAGCCUGUGAGUCUUAACAACCACCUGCUGUUCACAGACCACUCGCUCGGUUUCUAACCUUCAGCACUUUUAAAUCGUCAUCAUUGUUCAACCAUCCUGUGAGUCUGAGCUGUUCAUUCAACUGCUAGAAGUUCAAAGACUUUUAAGAGUUUAAAGAAUAGGCAAGAAUGUGAACUGCUUAGAAGCUUUCAUUUUCUAUCACAUUACAUUUCAGUUAGACGUUUACAAACACAGAAGUAGAAAUACCUCCCAGGAACCACAGUCUGCUCUAAAACCACUGGAAUAUGGCUCGGCCUUCCUCAGGAGCCCGACGUACUGGCGGUCAUGUGUGCAACAACCUAUCUCAGAUAUCAUUUGAAAAGAAACUAAAUCUCAGUGAUUUAUUAUUUUCAGGGGGUUAAAUGUGUUUGUUAUUAAAAACAACUCAGCUGUCUUGUUUAUGUGGUUGUUUUUGGUUGCCAUCACCUCUGUUAUGCACUGUCUGUACUGUAUUUGAUUACAUUAAAUGUAACUACUGGUAUCUUACUGAAUAUAUCUGCAUCCAAAGCCUAUAAGAGUUUUUGAACAAUUUUCUUCCUCAGUUUUGUUGUCCUGCAGCUUUUCCAAAGGUACUGUGUUGUAGUUUGUGGUCAAAAUAACAGCUGUGAAAUCAGUUAAUAUGUAGCCUUAAAUAGCUUCAGUUCUGUUCUGUGCUGUUGAUUAAUUAUUUUGUUUACCUGUGGCACACUAAUCCAAUUAGGAGCUCCAUACAGAACUCAUCUUAUUCACUAAUGUGCUCCUGAUGAUGAAGCAAAAAAAAAAUAAAUCAAGUCUCUUGCUGGAUUUUCACAUUUUCAGAGAGCAAAGUGACGUUUCCUCCAAACUGAAUUAAGUUUAGCAAUUUUAUCAUCGCUUAUGUGCAUAGGAAUGUACCAUUUUCCUGAUAUUGUUUUUCCCUUUCAACAGUCGGUAUUGAAGAAUAUCUUGAUGGAUGUGUUUCUUUAUUUAACACAACACACUAGAGGAAACCUUACAGGGUUUUUGCGCCUCAUGCAGGAUACAGAAGACAUGUUGUCUACAUGACUGUGACUGACUGAAAAUACAUUUUUAACUGUUACUCCAGACUGGUUGUAUUUUUUUUUUUUGUAAUGUACAUAUUGUUAUAUGUAUAAAUGGAAGAAGACAAAGACCUACUACCUACCACUACUACUUGAAAUGGUAUUUGCCUAAUUCCCAAAAGCUUUUUUUUAAAUCGUUUUUCUACAGUUCAGUGUUUUCUGUGAAUUCAAUAUGUAAUUUUUUUUACUGAGUUUGAAAUAAAAACAAGUUAUUAUUCUU